GGGCUGACUGAGAAACGCAGCAAGGAGCUCGUAACAGAAGACAGAAGACCUCCACGCCGGCUCAGCGCUCCUCUCCUGCAGCCAAGUUCAGCUUUUUAUUUUCUGGAGGUUCUGGCGGCAGGACUGCCUCUCUUCCUCCCCCUCUUCCUCCUUCUCUUCCUCCCCCUCUUCCUCCCUCUCUCUAUUUCUCCUUUUUCCUUUAGAGGCACAAAGUGAGAACAGUCAUGAGUUAGUGCGAGUCCGUGGGAACAGCGGCAGCACGCGGACGUCUGGACCAUGAACAGCUUCUCCUCCUCCUCCUCCUCCUCCUCCCAGACCUCUCCUCGGCACGUGCUGGACUUUCAUGCUGCGGUGGAACCAGAAGACAGACCUGCGGACAGGACCACAAGCCGCACUCCCAUUCUUUUAUAUGAGCUCCUUCUGGUCCUGUCCUGGAGGGAGAUCUGACGGAGUCGAAGCUUUCAGACCAGACAGACUGUGUGGUUUGGACUUGGUCCGCUCCACAGUCUUUAUUUGAUCUAGAAGCAGACACAAACACAGCUGGUGUUCUUGUUUUUCCUGUCACUCUGUCUUUCUGGAGACCUGCAAACUACCGACGGACGGUGGCGGACGGGCUGAAAGGAGACGUCAGUCCAUUCAGCUCCGUGUCUUCUGUGAGAGAUGAGAGAAGACAGACAGGUCGGCUUACAGUGAGACAAGUCGGCACACCAUUUGCACACGGACCAAACAAACAAAAACAAAACAACGGCAGAACUGUGGAGAUUUGUUCUUCAUCUGCUCAAAACGAACAACUUCACCGUGCGAACGCCAUGUUUUCUUUAUCUACGUCACAUUAGCUGACAGCAAAGCAUUAUGGGAAGGACGACCAGUCAUGCAUCCGCCCCCUUAUGGCACUAAAAACAAAGCAGCAGUCUAGUCCAAACGCAGCGGUGUGGCUUUAUUAGAGAGGUGAAUUAAACGUUGUGUACAUGUGACCGUGCAGCGAGGAGCCUGAUGCCUGGAGACCAGAUGCUUCUUCAGCUGCUCGCCGACCAACACAACCCACCCAUUCACACCACACACACCCACACAACCCACCCAUUCACACCGCACACACCCACACAACUGCACUGAGGACAGGCGCUUCACUCACCUCCACCACACUCUGCUCACUGACUUCUCCUCUGCAAGGCAUUAUGGGACAUCUUGGUGCCUUAGACCUCUGGAGUUUUGUGAAGCGUCUGCUGCUGACCCAGGAGAGCUGGUAGGAGCCGUGAGCAGCAGGCCUGCAGGCCUCAGCAGGGUUUGGAGGAACAGUCUCAGGGUGACGGCAGACCAGCUCUGGCGGGAUGCUGGUGGGCGGCGGCGGCGGGCGUGGCCUGUGUGUGCUGAGGUGGCUGGGCGGGAGGCUGUGGUCCCGCAGAGGAAGUCUGGUCUUCGCUCUGCUCUGGUUUGGCUCCUGGUUGGUUCUGAAUGGACUGGUGUUCGUCCACAGAACCAUCAUGUCUGACUACUGCACCGACGACAGGAGCCGGAAGAUCCUGCACCGACUGUGUGUGGAGUACCGGGAGGGGGCCGUGGCCGGGGACAUGUGCACGGACCUGUGCGUGCACGGCCUCGUGCACUAUCAGCGCUGUCUGUACUAUGAGAAAGGAAAGAAGGUUCUGGAGGCGUUGUGGAGGGAUACGCCCAUCAUCCUCAAAUCCAAACUGGAGAACUUCUCCUCCUACCAGCCGCUGGCCGUCCUUGACUACCAGGACGCGGUGGAGGAACUUUCUCCUCUGGAUGUGGUUUUCUACGCAACCCUGGAGGUACGCAACUCCCUCGGUCUGGCUGAGGACGACGAGCAGGAAGAGGAGGGUGGAGAGGAAGGUGGAGGGGCUGUGGGAGGAGGCAGGAACAACUCCUUAACCAGACUCUGGGGGGAAAGACUGAAGAAGAGAGAGAGGCCUUACAGUCGAGCAGAGCUGCUCUCCCUCUGGUCUCUCCUCCAACAAGAGGAGUACAUUUUUCUACGAGUACUUCAGGACCUCAGUACCCAUGUGACCAGGGUUCUGGGCUCUUGCGGUCACUUCUAUGCCGUGGAGUUCCUGUCGGCCGGACACGCCUGGGACCAGAACAUCUUCUCGCUAGACGGGGUGGCGGCGGCGGUGUCCGGUGGCGUCCAGAGAAGAUGGAGCUCCAGAGAGAUGGUUCACCGCAUUGCCCUCAGUUUCCUCCACAUGGUUUGGCACUUUGACCAUGACUUCACUCACCGGCUGCAUUUGUGUGACAUCAAACCAGAGAACUUCGCCAUCCGCAAGGAUCUGACGGUGGUGGCGAUCGACGUGGACAUGGCGUUCUUCGAGCCGAAGAUGAGCGACAUCUUGGAUCAGAACUGUACGAGUGAUGAGGACUGUAACUUCUUCGACUGCUGGUCACGGUGUGACCGUGUCAGGCGGCGGUGCAGCCGGCACCGCAGCAACAGCAACCUGCAGGUGAUCUGUGAGAAGAUCUUCAGGUCUUGGUUCUCUCCGACUCUUCUGGGAGCCAAAGCAGGUCUUCCUCUACAGGUGGAGUUGCAGAAGGCGGUGCAGGAGUGCUCAGAGACACGUGGAGGGGAGGAUAAAGAGGAGGAGAAUGAAGGAGGAAGGGGAGGAGAGAAGGGACGAAGCAGAGACAUCCAUCAGCGUCUCCUUAACAUUCUAACCCGUCUCCUCCAGGAGGGACGUGCUUCAAAUGAAGGAGGAAAGUCUUGGGAUGGAGGAGGUCACUCCCACACCGCGCUCAACUUUUGAGGAGCUGAACUGAAGCUCCUUCUGAAUCCAAAGGACCAGCAGAGGCCCGAGGAGGAGUCUACUGUAGGUUGAAGGCAGGAUGAGGAAGUUUCUACUGGACUGUGAAAUCUAAUAUGGAGUCAGUUUCUUCAUGCCAAGUGCUUUGGCCUUUGGAAGAUGGCUGUUGUACAGCACCUGGACCUGCACAGGACGGAUUUGUUUCAGGGACAAACUGUGAGUCUGAAUCAGUCCAUCACAGGUGAGGAUGAGAAUAGACCCUUCAGAGCAGGAUAUUCAUUCAUUCAUUCAUUCAUCUUCAGCCGCUUCUCUGGGGUCAGGUUGCAGUGGCAGCAAGCUACGUAGGGCACUCCAGACGUCUCUCUCCCCAGCAACGCCCUCCAGUUCCCCCUGGGGGAUCCCAAGGCGUUCCCAGGCCAGACUGGACAUGUAGUCCCUCCAGCGAGUUCUGGGUCUACCCCGGGGUGUCCACCCAGGAGGCACCCUAAUCAGAUGCCCGAACAACCUCAACUGGCUCCUUUUGACGCAAAGGAGCAGCAGCUCUAAUCCGAGCUCCCUCCGGAUAUCUGAGCUCCUCACCCUAUCUCUAAGGCUGAGCCCAGACACCUUACGGAGGAAACUCAUUUCAGCCGCUUGUAUCCGUGAUUUCACGCUUUUGGUUGCUACCCAAAGCUCAGGACCAUAGGUGAGGGUUGGAACCAAGACUGACUGGUAAAUUGAGAGCUUUGCCUUCCGGCUCAGCUCCUUCUUCACCGCAACGGUCCGGUACAACGUCCGCAUUACUGCUGAUGCUGCACCAAUCCACCUGUCAAUCUCCUGCUCCAUCCUACCCUCACUUGUGAACAAGACCCCGAGAUACUUGAGGUAACAACUCAUCUCCAACCCGGAGGGAGCAAUCCACCGUUUUCUGGUAGAGAACCAUGGCCUCAGACUUGGAGGUGCUGACUCUCAUCCCAGCCAUUUCACACUCAGCUGCAAACCACCCCAGUGCGCACUGGAGGUCAGGUUCUGAUGAAGCCAACAAAGCCACAUCAUCUGCGAAGAGCAGAGCAGGACACAAAUGUAAAAUUCAAAACUAUAAACAGAUUUAAGGUUUAAAUUGUAGUGGCAGGUAAACAAAGUUCUGAAGCAAUGGGAUUCUUGUGACUGAAGUCAUGUGAUAUACAGUAAUAUAUUUGUAAGGCAGACCAACUCCUUGCUGUGAUAUACAAAAGGCUCACAGUUGGAUUGCUGGUUCACUCAUGGGAACGGACAGAUGAAACAAGUUUCUCAAUAAAAUAAAAUAAAAAUCUACCUGGAAGGUCAUUUACCAUCUUAACAAGUCAGGCAAACGUCAUCUGCCAUCCUGUUGCUGGGAAGGAGUGAACUGGACCUGCCAAUCUCAUUACUUGUAUUCAUUUAAUGAAAUCUGGAAGCAUCAUUUUGGAUGGUCACCAAAAAGGAUGAGGCCAGAAGUCAAAUCUCAGACCCUGAGUCACCAUUUUAUUUGGUUGUGAAAGCAGUAAUCACAGCCAGAAAGUUUCACAGAGCAGACUAGUCCAACUCUUCUCUCCACAAAUGGAAUGUAUUGACUUUGAGAUGGACUAAACAAAUCCCGCCUGCGUUUUCCAUUAAUCUCCACUUAACCUGGUCAUCCCAUUGACAUGAAAUACCUUUUUUAAAACUAGAGCUAGCGAAGAAAACCGAGUCGUGACAAACAUCAGUU